CCUCUGCCCGAUGAGAUCGACUGGAGCCAUCUCGGGGCUGUCAGCAGAGUCAAGAAUCAACAGAGUUGUGGAAGCUGCUGGGCCUUCUCAGCCACUGGUGCCCUGGAGGGAAGGUAUGAAAUUGCUAAUCCGAAGCACGAACUGGUUGAGUUCUCCGAGCAACAACUUGUCGACUGCAGUUCUGAAGAAGGAAAUAUGGGGUGUAACGGUGGCCUGAUGGACAACGCCUUCGCGUAUGUGAUGCAACAUGGCCUUUGCACUGAAGAGGACUAUGCGUACGAGGCGAUUGAUGAACCCUGUCGUAACUCCACUGUCAAGGAAAAGGCUCGGCUACAUCCUCAUGACGUGACUGGUUUCGUCGACGUGCACUCUAAGGAUGGAGAAGCUAUGAAAGAAGCGCUCCAGAGUGGCCCGGUUAGUGUGGCUAUUGAAGCCGACAUGCCCGACUUCCAGUUCUAUCAUGAGGGUGUUCUCACUG